UUCAUUUUAGCAGAAGUGACCUGUCUCUUCUAAAUAGUCUCUGAUGCCCGUUCGCCGAUCAACGUGAAUUUAAGUGAGCGUGCGUGUCUCUUUAAGAAACACACUCCUGUUGCACGGAGAGUCUGGUGUUUUUCCACUCACCGUUAUUACAUGCUCUCCCCAUAUAAGACAGAAGUCGAGGGGGAGAGGGCGGAAAUAUUAGUUUCUUUGGCUUGUAGGUUCACCACAAGAAGACAAAAGAACAAGAGACGGACUUGAGCAAUAAUUUGCACAGACAGUAUGGCACAGAAGGAAAAGUUGCAGUGUCUUAAAGAUUUCCACAAGGACACUUUGAAGCCAUCUCCAGGUAAGAGUCCUGGCUCGCGCCCUGAAGAUGAGGCAGAGGGCAAGCCACCACAGCGGGAGAAAUGGGCCAGCAAGCUGGAUUUCGUGCUCUCUGUGGCCGGAGGUUUCGUCGGUUUAGGCAAUGUUUGGCGUUUCCCGUACCUCUGCUACAAGAAUGGCGGAGGUGCAUUUCUCAUCCCCUACUUCAUAUUUCUGUUUGGUGGAGGUUUACCCGUUUUCUUUCUGGAGGUGGCACUCGGACAGUUCACCUCUGAGGGAGGAAUCACCUGCUGGGUGAAACUCUGCCCCAUUUUCACUGGAAUCGGCUAUGCUUCAAUCGUGAUCGUGUCGCUGCUCAACAUCUACUACAUUGUAAUCCUGGCGUGGGGUCUGUACUACCUACUGCAGUGUUUUCAGAACGAGCUGCCUUGGGCUCGCUGUAAACACAGCUGGAACACGGCAAACUGCGUCGAGGACACCGUCCGCAAGAACAAAACCCUCUGGCUCUCCGCCAACGCCACCAACUUCACCUCACCAGUCACUGAAUUCUGGGAGCGGAACGUCCUGAGCAUCUCUUCAGGGAUCGAUGAGGUUGGCGGGCUGAAGUGGGAUCUGGCGCUCUGCCUGCUGGCUGUUUGGGUCAUCUGCUUCUUCUGCAUCUGGAAAGGUGUCAAAUCCACCGGCAAGGUGGUCUAUUUCACAGCCACGUUUCCCUUCCUCAUGCUGAUCGUGUUGCUGGUUCGUGGUGUGACUCUGCCUGGUGCCGCUGAGGGCAUCAAGUUCUACCUUUACCCUGACCUGACCCGUCUGCAUGAUCCAGAGGUGUGGAUUGAUGCAGGCACUCAGAUCUUUUUCUCUUAUGCUAUUUGUCUUGGUGCAAUGACAUCACUGGGAAGCUACAACAAAUACAAGUAUAACUGCUACAGAGACUGUAUGCUGCUUGGAUGCUUGAACAGUGGUACCAGUUUCGUGUCAGGCUUUGCCAUUUUCUCCGUGUUAGGGUUCAUGGCACAAGAGCAGGGCGUGGCCAUUGCCGAUGUGGCCGAGUCAGGUCCUGGGCUGGCCUUUAUCGCAUACCCAAAGGCUGUUACAAUGAUGCCACUGCCAACGGUCUGGGCCAUACUUUUCUUCAUAAUGCUUCUGCUGCUGGGCCUUGACAGUCAGUUUGUAGAAGUGGAGGGUCAGAUCACCUCUCUGGUGGAUUUGUACCCAUCCCUCCUAAGGAAGGGAUAUCGGAGAGAAAUCUUCAUUGCUGUGAUCUGCGUCAUCAGUUAUCUGCUGGGACUCACCAUGGUCACUAAAGGUGGCAUGUACGUGUUCCAGCUGUUUGACUUUUACGCCGCCAGUGGUGUAUGUCUUCUCUGGGUUGCAUUCUUUGAAUGUGUUGCUGUAGCCUGGGUUUACGGGGCUGAUAAUUUCUAUGAUGCAAUAGAGGACAUGAUCGGCUACAGACCCAGUAGUUGGAUGAAAUGGAGCUGGAUGCUGAUCACACCAGUCCUUUGUGUGGGUUGUUUUGUCUUUUCGUUGGUGAAAUACAAGCCGCUCACCUAUAACAAGUUUUAUGAGUAUCCUGAUUGGUCGAUUGGAUUGGGUUGGGCUCUUGCACUGACUUCGAUGAUUUGUAUCCCAAUGAUGGUUGUCAUCAGAAUCAUCCAAUCAGACGGCUCCCUAAUAGAGCGAAUCAAAGCCGUGGCGGCACCUGUUAAAGGAGGCGCGAGCUCUCGUCCAAAAGAGAACAGUCUGAAGAACAGCGAGCUGCUUCACCCUCUGGACCCCAACGGCAUCCACGCCUUCACGAAAAACACCCACACCAUCGUAGAAACUACUAUGUGAGACUCUCUAAGAGAGAUUCCCAUAUUCUUCUCCUCUCUCCUCUCCUAUAGGAGACCCCCCUUUUCCCUCACCCUUCCCCUGAAUUCCUCCCUCUUUCUGCACUAGUAUGAUUCUAGAACAUUAUCAAGAAAAUAUCUUAUAUCGAUAUAUCUUUUUUGCCAGUUAGGAUUUUUAUUGUUAUUGUAAUCACUGAUAUUGUUAUGAAUUGAUGUGAACUUUUCCAUCCGGGGCAGUUGUUUUAUUCUUUAGUGCACUGAUCCGUGUCACGCCAUGUCCUAACCAGGCACGACAAUGUAAACUACAAACGAUAAAGGAAUUUCUUCCAUAUUAAGUUUUUGUUUUUAUUGCACAAGGAGACAAAUUUUGUUGGCCGGUUGCUUUUAAUUUUCAUCUUGCUGGGUAGUCCCGUCCACAGUAAAAUCUCAUUUGUCCUAAUACUGUAUAUCUGAAUAUAUUGAAACAUACUUCAAAUAUAUUGAUUCUAACUUAAAAUCAAUACUUUUUUGCUUUUUAUUUGAGUAUGUCAUCGGGAUUGUGGGACCUUCUACCUUUUUGACUUUUCGUCCGAUUUUCAAAUACUUUCAUUUUGCGAAAAUGACUGACUGCUCAUUAUCCAGCUUAUUACAAGACCACUUGCCAAAUAACAGGAAAUGGACAUGAAACAUUAAUAUGAGUUGAAAUAUUUUAUUAGCUUACUUGUAGAGAUCACAGAGUGAUACGAUAAGUGGGAAAGAUGACUCAAUACCUGGAUGACCGGUCUGAUGUGAUUUAAUCCCCGGAUGUGCGGCUGUUACUCAGACAAAUCAGACCUCUAGAUGGUGCCAUUGACCAAUCAGAAUUGAGUACUCUAGAAAGCUGUGUAAUAAUGUGAAAUAACCUCUGAUUGGCUGUGAUUUUAAACAUUUUGCUUUUAGUGAGAUCUCUUUACGCAGGAGACAUUCCAUGUCACGUCUGGUUGGGAUACGGUCAGCAUCAUUUGAGCAAGAGUGAAAGUUAUUUUUAAGAGUUUAAGAGCUUAAUUUGUUGGCAAAUACAUACAGCAGCAGCAAAACUAAAUGUGUGACAUUAUGAUGUCUGUCAGUGUUUGUGGCAGUAACCUUUGUACAAUGAGAUUCUUAAUGUUCUUUGUAUUGAAUAAAAAUGAAUGUACCUCCGCUUUGAGCGGACGCUUUGCACAGCUUACAAAUACAUACACGUAUACAGUGGGGUCCAAAAGUCUGAGACCACUAAUGAAAAUGCUUCCAUUUAGCAUUUUUCUAAUUUAUAACACUUUAUUACAAAUUCUAUUAUCAGUAUAACAAUUGUAGUUAAAAGAUACAGUAUAUAGAAAAUUAUUAACAUUUCUUCCCAAGUCCCACGUUUGCUAGAAUGACAACAUGCUCUCUGUGUGGCAAGAACGGCACGAGUUUGGGCAAAACCUGAUGAGCAUGUUAUCCAGUAUUAUUUGAGAAUUUUUCAAAGAGCAUCUGGUGUGCUUCAAUGGAAGCAAGGAAUCUGACCUUUUGUACAAAGGAUUUAACAUGGUCAAUGUGAAAACUGUGCUUAUAUUUGAUUAGAAAUCUUAUGUCAUAACAUUUCUUUGUAUAAAAAUGUACAAAAUACUCUAACUUUUAGUUUAUUUACAGGAUUAAAUGGGAUUUUAAAUGUCAGAUGUGGUCUCAGACUUUUGGACCCCACUGGACAUAUAUACACUGCCGUUCAAAAGUUUGGGGUCACUGAAAUGUUUCUCGUGAUCUUAAAAAUCUUUGAUAUGAAGGCAUAUGCUUAAAUGUUUGUAUAAGUAAUUUUGUAGACAAAAAUAUAACUGUGGCACCAUAUUAAUUUAUUUUGUUACAAAUAUAAAAUAUAAUAAAAAAAAAAGGUUUUUGAACUUGAUGACUUGGACCGAAUAAUAAAGAAAAGCAGCCAAUAAGUGCCCAACAUAGAUUGUUGGUUGAGAAAAUGUUCCAUUUCUGUACUUCCAUAGUUUUGAUGACUUUAAUAUUAUCCUUAAACGUGAAAAAUAACAAUAAUAAAGAAUGAGUAAGUGACCCUAAAUUUUUGACCGGUAGUGUAAAAGCAUAAGCAAACCUUUUAUAAACUUUACUUUGUUUUCAAUCUCUCCUUGAACUGUAGUGAUCACAGCAUUUACACACACAUACACACAUGCACACACACACACACACACACACACACACACACACACACACACACACACACACACACACACACACACACACAACACACACAGAGCCAUUCGGUUUAACUUUAAUACUGCAGGCAGCUGUGUACACAUAUAAUAUAAGUAUCAUUUGAUGUUGUAUAAUAAGCAUCAUGUACUGUUACAGAUAUCUGAGAUCUGCUGAUUGCAAACACAACGCAGGGCCGUUUGGCAGCACUUUACUAAUAGCUAAAUUUGUUUAUCACAUGAGCCAGCCUAGCUAGACCACUUAACGCUGUAUCAAUCAGAUUUCAGAAUAAAUGCAGGAAAUCUGGGCUUUAAAUAUUGCCAGAAACACUGCCAUCUCCGCAAGCCCUGUCUGGCCCGAGGCCUGUGGAAUUGUCUCUUGAACCGAGCCAUGAAACCUCUAAAUAUUCAAGCUAAUCACCAACAGCAAAUAACUGCCCUUCAUAAUACCUCUGUGUCAGUAAGUACCAGCCCUAAGGUUGACCCUUUUAAUCCUCUGACCUCAGUGUCUUUGUAUACGUCAACUCAUCUGACCUGACCUAUGACCCUCUUCUAGAUUUAACUAACCCCUCUGUUCAGGGGCGUAGCACCAAAUUUUGGGCCCUGGGUACAAACCAUCUUGCUGGGCCCCCGUACCAAAUAUGUAUGUAUAGAAAACUGACUUCUAAGGGGCCCCCCCUGCCUCGGGCCCUGGGUACUCGGUACCCUUUACCCCCCCAGUCCGACGCCCCUGUAUCCACCAAAACACCCUCUUCCCUCCAAGCUUCCUGAUAAUGGAUAUUUCACCCAAAAAUGGAAAUACUGUUUGCUGGUGUGUUCAAUUAAUUUACUCACCAUCAUGUUGUUCUUCUGUGCAACACAAAUUUAAAUCUUAGACAGUAUGUUAGCCUCAGUCACCAUUAACUUUCAUUGCAUCUUGGUUUCAUACAAUGAGAGUAAAUGGUGACUGAGGUUGUCCUACACUUAAAUGAUGACAGACUUUCCAUUUUGGGGCAAACUAUCCCUUUAAGCAAGUGUUUGCUCAUUUGUAAUAUUUUCAUUUAUCUAAAAUUGGCCUUUUUGUAUUUCAAGAAUUUUAUACUGUACCUGAUGUGAUUGGUCAUUUGUCUAUUUUUUCUGAAUGUGUUCAGAAAUGUAUAUUUAAAUGUUGAUUAGUGUGAGCCUAAAUGCAACUUGCAGUGUGCAAUAUUUGUAAACAAGUGGCUUUGUCCAUUUUUUUAUUAUCAUUUCUGCUGGAAAAUAUGUGACUAAGGUUAAAACCAGACAUUCAAGAAACAAUUUUUUUCAUUCACAUAAAUAAAUGGGUUACUCUUUGCUGUACGAUAAGAUAACUUGAAUAAAACAAAUGAAAUCUGGUAAAAACCAAAGUAGUUUUGUGAUGAACAUCAUUCAAGGUGCAUAUUGCAACUUUCAGAUACAAAAUAAAAAAUGUUGAAU